GGUAGGGAGGAGGAAUGCGCCGGAGCCUUCACAGUACUUGGAGCGCCACACGCGGCAUGAGCCGGCAGCGUCUGCUUGAUGAUGAUGAGACUCGCCGCGACCUGGUUGCUGCACGCCUCGAGCUUGGCAUGUGUCGGGGCAGCUUGCACGGUGGGUGAGGUUGCGCCCCAAACCCGUCCGAGGACCGUGCUCUACGUAUACGUCGUCGGCGCCGCGCGCAGCCUCGCCACGACGGCAGCGAAUCUUGAAGGUCUCCUCUGCGGCGGCGCGGACGCGUGGGCCGACGGUCUGCCGGUCGUGCCGCUCCUCCACGUCUGGGCGAAUUCGUCGUGUGACCGUGACGUGGUCGUGCCGCCGUUCUUCGCCGCGGCACUCGUUAAUUUCACCAUGAACAGUCUCGACGGCGCCAUGGUAAAACUCAUCGCUCGCGAUGCGCGUACGAGCGUAGAACGCACGCGCGCGAUUCAAUUCACUGCACAGCUCUUUCACCUGUACAACCUCAACCGCCGUGCUGUUGCGCUCCUCUUUGAAACAGGCAAGAGCUACUUGGUGCCGCACGAACCCGGGGAGUCUGUCGUGCUCAAGUGGCGUCCCGACGUUCGCGCGGCCGUCUUGGCCAACGCGACAAAGUUUCUGCGAGCGUGCGUGACGCUUGUCCGCGACAAUGAUGUCAACGACGUAGUCUGUAUUCUACCAACGCCAAAGACCAAACUCGUGCCACGUGGUUGCGUGCAAAGGCGGCGGUCUCGACGCGGCGUCGACUUCUACAUGUCAACCUGCUGUCACCCCGACGGCCGCGGCGUCCUCUCGGACUGGGUGUUUGUGACAAAGAAACGCGUCCUCGAUGCUAUGGAUGGCCACAAAUUGCCGCCUCAAAUAUACGACGGCGGCGACCGAGCGGAACACCGGUUUUGUCGAUUGCUCGUCGGUUCGAACUUGAGGCUCGUCUGGCCCGCCGCGAACAGUGUCGUGGAACCUCUUUUUUGUAAAUUCUAUGACAGCCGGUUACGCAGGCCGCGGCAGACACCUGGGCUGGGAAUAGAGAGCUAGGGCUCACAAGUGUGCGAUGUCCACAUGGGGCGACUCCGUAUAAUGGUGCGGGGGGUUGAACAAUGCGUUCGUCUGAUCUGGUCUGUAAUCGUCCUCCGUUGGAGCUAUACAGAUUUCAGAUUUCGCGCAAUGCUUUGUAUCAAAAGCAGCCAAAUUGAUAGCUCGCGAGCCGUGGCUGGGCGCAGGCUCGUGUACGGAGGGCACGACGACGCCGGGGUCUAUCAUACUACGAGUGUUGACCCCCAUGCGUGUUCAAAGUCAUGCGUGGAGCUUUAUCCCAGGCUGGUCUUUUUGCAGUUCUUUUAUCCUCGCGCAAAACCCCCGACAUUUACCCCAGCAGCCGCGCGCUCGGAGCAGCUCCUGCUCCGACGGCGUCUCGGGGAGCUGCGAUGCAGUGCCGGGCUAGGGUGCAAUUUACGCACGGCGUUCUUUACGUGAGAAACGGUCCGGCGUCAUUUACGCCGUAAUUUACGCGUAAUUUACGCGUGCAUUUAUUUAUAAAACCCGCACACACGCAGGCAGAGCGCCUAAACAAGGCCUUGGUAGCCACGCAGCUCAAUAGCAGCACGAGCACGGCGCAUAAGCUUACACCUAGAGUGCACACCUUGCUCGCAACAGCAUGCAACUAGCAAUUGGCUCGGCUCUGACAACGUUUGGGGCAGCCACACUCUGCGAGGUGCUGAUCGCGAGCUAGAGUCUUAAAGGGCCGCUAGCGCCGGCUUCGGGAAGAGCCCUGGAAGGACUUUUGGAUACCUCCUUUUUUACGCCGUUUUUUACGUGGGAUCUCCUGUAGCGGUGCUUUACGUGUAACUUACGCGUUUUUUCCACGUAAAUUGCACCCUAGGUGCCGGAGACUGCGUCUCGGGAGCUGUAUCAUAUACAUCCUUUUGAUAGAAGUAAUUCUGGAAGGUCACGUAGGCUGCGGCAC